GCGGGGCGGGCGGGGAGCCUCCAGCCUCGCGUCCGCAGGCCGCCAGCACGGCGCCGGGCACCGCCGCCAUGCCGGGGCACGGCCCCCCGCCGCCGCCGAGGAAGGUGAACUGCUGCCCAGCUGUGUGCUGACAUGAUGACAGCUAGCAAGGUGGCCGAUGUGAGCAGCAGGUCUGAGAGCAGUGUCUGCAAGUCUGCUGAGAGGAUCAAACUUGCAGAUAAAAACAGUACAGCGGCUGUGAAGGAAUUAGGAAGACUUCUGUGUGGAUCUUCAAGUGAGAGAUGUUCUGAAGGUGCCUCUGUCACCCUGAGUGUAACACCUGAAGCUGAACCAGUUUCUUGCGUGGCGAAGAACCCUCUGGGAGCCUUGGAGAACUUGAUGCUCGAUCCAAGGCUAGACUGCUUUCAGCAGAACAUGCUGAGUCCCAAAAUGAUCAUCAGUGACCCAUCUGUGGAUCUGAACGUUAAAGAAAACAGUAGAAUCGUCAGGAAACAAAUAGGAGGUACUCAGAGUACACGGACCCCUGGAAAAAUUGGCUUGAGGAAUAAGUCCUUCAGCAUCAAGGACAAAAUUUCAGAGUGGGAAGGGAAAAAGGAAAUGCAGUCUGCUCCUCGUCGGGAGGAGGAGCAAGGAACUAAAGAGGAGCACAAGAUACCAUGUGUAGUUGAGAAGACAAGUGGAGAAGCACUGACGUCUCGGAAAGUGGAGACCAAGAGACUUAUGAAUUGGGAGCUGGAGUGCAAAGGGGCAGGCAAAGAGAAUGAGCGGAAGGCAGGAACUCCGAAAGGCAUGGGACAAGGAGCACAGCGGAAAGGGGAAACAGAGAAGGAUGAGGAAGUGCAGUCCAGCCUUGGAAAGUGCAAAGAAGUGAAAGGUGGGAAGUGGGAGGUCCAGAAGGAGAAUCUUUCAGUGCUUAGUCAGGUCAAGAAGCUGGAGCAGGCUUUGAAGGAUGGCUCAGCAGAGCUGCAGCCACAGUUGCCUGGUACUUAUUACUCCCCACAGUGCUUGCAGGAGAAGGCAGCACAAGGACACGUUGCUCCAGAGGGCCAUGAGAGCAUAUGUGGGACUGAGCUCAACAAAAGGCUUCUUCGUUUGGACUCUGAAAUCAGCGAGCCAAUUUUUGGGACUCUAGAAGAGGUAAGAACUUCUCAUGUGAAAUCCAAGGACUGCACUACAGAAAAUGUGUACACAGAACCAGGGGUGCCAGAGAAGAAACCUUUCAUCAACCCACUGCCAAAGCCCCGGCGGACUUUCAAACAUGAGGGGGAAGAGGACUGGGUGCCAGCAGCUAGGAAUAAAAGAAACUUGCCUCCUCUGCCAUCCAUUCCUCCCCCUCCUCUCCCCUCCUCUCCUCCUCCAUCAGCUGUCAGCAGGAGGCUUUGGAGCGGGAAGCACAAGAACAACGCUGACCACAGGAAGUCGUACGAGUUUGAAGACUUGCUGCAGUCGUCAUCAGAGAAUGGAAGGGUGGAUUGGUACGCGCAGACCAAGCUGGCCCUCACACGCACUUUAUCAGAGGAGAACGUCUAUGAAGACAUACUGGAUCCACCAUCUAAGGAAAACCCUUAUGAAGACAUUGAGACCAACAGCCGCUGUUUGGGGAAGAAAUGUGUCCUGACCUUCCCAGCAUCCCCCACUUCUUCAGUACCUGGGACUCCCACUAAGUUGCUUUCCAAGCCCACUUUUUUUAGACAAAACUCAGAGCGGCGGAGUUUCAAACUGCCAGACAUAAGGAAACUGAGCCGUGAUGGAACCGGGUCACCAUCCAAAAUCAGCCCUCCUUCAACUCCCAGCAGUCCAGAUGACACCUUCUUCUCCUUGGGAGAUCCUCAGAAUGGCAAGAGGAGAAGGAAGAUUCCCAAGCUUGUGUUGAAAAUCAAUGCCAUUUAUGAGGCACGGAGGGGAAAGAAACGUGUCAAGAGACUAUCGCAAUCUACAGAGAGCAAUUCAGGAAAAGUUACAGAUGAAAACAGUGAAUCAGACAGUGAUACCGAAGAGAAGCUGAAAGCUCACAGCCAGCGCCUUGUCCACGUGAAAUCUCGCCUGAAGCAAACGCCGCGGUAUCAAACCUUGGAACGGGACUUGAUUGAGUAUCAAGAGAGGCAGCUGUUUGAGUACUUCGUCGUGGUGUCACUGCACAAGAAGCAGGCUGGAGCUGCCUACGUCCCUGAGGUUACCCAGCAGUUCCCUCUGAAGCUUGAGCGCUCAUUCAAAUUCAUGCGCGAGGCAGAAGAUCAGUUGAAAGCUAUUCCCCAGUUUUGCUUUCCUGAUGCAAAGGAUUGGGCCCCCAUCCAUCAGUUUGCCAGUGAGACAUUCUCAUUUGUCCUGACCGGGGAAGAUGGAAGCAGGCGUUUUGGAUACUGUAGGAGGCUGCUGCCCAGUGGGAAAGGGAAGCGCCUCCCAGAAGUUUACUGCAUUGUGAGUCGCCUUGGAUGCUUCAAUCUCUUCUCUAAGAUCUUGGAUGAGGUCGAGAAGAGACGAGGCAUUUCUCCAGCCUUAGUGCAGCCUCUCAUGAGGAGCGUCAUGGAGGCACCUUUCCCAGCUUUGGGCCGGACAAUUACAGUCAAGAACUUCUUGCCAGGCUCAGGAACAGAGGUCAUUGAGCUGCGGCGGCCUCUUGACUCCAGGCUCGAGCACGUUGAUUUUGAGUCCUUGUUUUCAUCCCUCAGCGUGCGGCACCUGAGCAGGGUCUUCGCCUCCCUGCUCCUGGAAAGAAGGGUGAUCUUCAUUGCAGACAAGCUCAGCACCCUCUCCAAGUGCUGCCAUGCUACAGUGGCCCUCCUGUACCCCUUUACCUGGCAGCACACCUACAUCCCCGUGCUGCCGCCUUCCAUGAUCGACAUUGUGUGCUCGCCCACCCCGUUCCUCAUUGGCCUGCUCUCCAGCUCCCUGCCCCGUCUGAAGGAGCUCCCGGUGGAGGAGGUUCUUGUUGUUGACCUUGUGAAUAACCGAUUUCUGAGACAGAUGGAAGAUGAGGACUCCAUCCUGCCCCGAAAGCUGCAGGUCGCCUUGGAGCACAUUUUGGAGCAGAGGAACGAGCUGGCAAGUGACAAAGAGGAGGGCUCUGUGAAUGGCAAGCAGGAGACCAGCCCUUUGAACGAGGUGGUGUCCGAGGCCUUUGUCCGUUUCUUUGUGGAGAUCGUGGGCCACUACUCCCUCUUCCUGACCCCCAGCGAGCGAGAGGAGCGGACUCUGCAGCGUGAGGCUUUCCGCAAGUCCGUCUCUUCCAAGAGCCUCCGGCGCUUCCUGGAGGUCUUCAUGGAGACUCAGAUGUUCGGGGGCUUCAUCCAGGAACGGGAGCUGCGGAAGCAGGGAGUCAGAGGUCUGUUUGAGGUACGGGCUCAGGAGUACCUGGAAACACUUCCCAGUGGGGAGCAGAGUGGAGUCAAUCGGUUCUUGAAAGGACUUGGCAGCAAAAUGAAAUUCCUCCACAAAAAGUAAAGAACGGAGCACAUCCUCAUUCCACAGAAGAGAAUGGCUUUACCAUUUAACAUCAACAAAUCAGAUGUAUCCACCAUUCCCAUUUGACCUGCUCCUAGGGCCCGCAGCCUUGGGCAAGCUGACCGUGGCCAGGACGCGCUCACACAGAUGUGCAGUGCCACAGGACGAUGCGACGGCAGUGGGGCUGCUGGGACAGGUCUCUGGAUAUCGACAGUACUAUGCACUGGACCAAGCACUCUGAACUCUGCAUUAGCACGUUGUAGACAGCCCAGCAGAUCGGAUCCCUUAGCUAAUCAGUUCUUCGUUUUGCUGUAUUUUUCUAUUUAUAUUGGGGUUAGAACAAAUAUUAACCGAUGCCUCUCGCCCUGCCUCCUCCCCGCCUGGUGCUGCAGGACGGCAGUGGGACUGCCACAGGACUGAGCUGGCAGAGCUUGAGCACCGAGGAUGGGAGGAAUGGAGUUGUGUGGACCUGUCUCUGCAGUGCAAAGAUGCUGAGAACUGCAGGGAUUAUAUGGACUGAUGAGGAGGAGCUUCUGAGGGUGAGAGGGAACCACUAAACCUACUGAGGAUGUGAUCAGCCUGCCAGCUGCCAGGCUGGCUGCAUCGGGUCCUGGCACGAGGAGGGUCUUUUCCUUAUGCAGCAUAAUUAAAAGUGAGUGGUUUAA